AUGGUAUGCCCACCAAGAACGUGGAGUUGGACACUAACUUCUUCCCAUCAACCACUGUUUCAAUUGUCGUCGGUAUUCAGCCCGGAAAACAUCGUGAUGUCCUCACUGGACCGGCCGUCGCUCGAAAGCGCAAAGAUAUCGGUGCGUGCAGUGCUAACCUCGCACAACCAACUUCUUGGAAAUCACCGCCUGUUAUCCGGAGCUGAGUCGGCGGGAUACUCCCGCGACACUGCUAGCAUGAUUGCUGCCUCGAUCGUCCUGUCUGUCCUUGACCUUCGUCAGUGGAUCCAUUGUGACCGGCUCUACGAGCUCAAAGCUCGCCCGCAGGGAGUGGAGUAUAACUUUCGCGGUACUCAUAUCGUUUAUUCUUGA